AUGGAUGAUGAAUUAUCUAAUCAAAGUGAGGCUAUCAGCAGUAGCGUAGUUAUAACAGAAAAUGAACUAAGAGGUAUCCUAAACGUUAAAGGAAACUCAGGUAAGGAAAAAAUUAGCUUUCUAGAAAUAGAAAGAAACCAUUGGAAAGAACUACCUGAAACCGAACGAACUGCAGAACGUGAACAGAGGGCUCUCCUCUACGUACGAGGCGAUGGCAGAUAUUGCAGAGCUAAAAGCAGACGAAAUAAGGUUAAGAUCAAACGAACGACGAAAGUGAUAAAAAACUACGUCCAUCGUGGAAGAGGAAGAAGACGCAAACAAUCUUACAAGGUUCGAAAGAUUUAA